ACCACAAAUAAUAAGUGAAUAUCAGUCCAUCAACAAUCUUAUACACUUGCCAUAAUAUUUUGGAUUUAAAUGAUAACAAUAUAUAUGUUCAUUUAUAGAAUGGUCCAUGAUUUUCUAAUACCACAAACACCACCGCCGAUGACACCACCACCAUCACAAAAGCCGCCAACGUAACCAAACCCGGAUGCCAAAGCCAAUGUGGAAACGUAACCAUUCCAUAUCCCUUCGGCAUCGGUCCUGGUUGCUUUCUGAGCGAAUGGUUCGAAGUAACAUGCAACACCACUUUCAACCCUCCAAAACCCUUCUUCGGUCGUCUCCAAGUUCUUGAAAUCUCCGAUUCCACUUUCCGAAUCACUAACAAAGUGGCAAGUUCAUGUUACGAUCCAUUCGGAAAUCUCACAAAAACAAUCCCGUUUGGACAAAUCUAGGCUGGACUUCACCCUACACGUUCUCCCAGAAAAACCAGUUCACCGUAAUCGGAUGCGAUGAUUUCGCCUUGUUCUUAGGCCCAAAACAAGCAGAUUUCACCAGCGGUUGCAUCACAUUGUGUUCAUGACCUGAGGAGGUGGUCAACGGGUCGUGCACCGGCGUCGGAUGCUGCAAAACAUCGAUACCAAAAGGACUCAAAUACUACUACACUGAUGUUGCUAGUAUGGUGUCUAAUCACACCACAGUUUGGUGUUUUGAUCCUUGUACUUACGCGUUUAUGGGUGAGGAAGAACGGUUUACAUUUCGUGGGGUGUCGGAUUUUAAGGACCCGGAUUUCAUUAACAGGACCAGGGCUAAUGUUCCGAUAUUGGUGGACUGGGUGGUCGGGAACUUGAGCUGCAGCGAGGCUAGAAACGCCGGCGUCUUGGCAUGCCAAGCAAAUGCUUAUUGUAUCGAUUCUGAUACCGGAGCUCUGGGAUACAGAUGCAAUUGUAAUCAAGGCUAUCAGGGUCAACCAUAUCUUGAUCCAGGCUGUCAAGAUAUCAAUGAAUGUGAAGAUCCCAACAGUAAUGUGUGCGACGGGAUCUGCACCAACACUCCCGGAGGUUAUUCGUGUUCUUGCAAAGAUGGCUACGUUGUAGAUGGAUUUAGCAACGGUCGAGGUUGCAUUGCUGAAACUUCGGAGUUCCCAGUUAUUAAAUUCUCCCUAGGUAUGGGAUUUGGUUUUAUGGCCCUUUUAGUCGGAAUAACAUGGCUGUAUUUUGCCUUCAAGAAGAGGAGUCUUAUCAAACGCCGACAAAAACUGUUUCAGCAAAACGGUGGUUUACUUCUGAAACAAAGAAUCAUAAGCAACGAAGGCAGCGUUGACUCAACAAAAGUGUUCACUGCCGUAGAGUUAGAAAAAGCCACCAACAACUACGCUGAAGACAGAAUCUUGGGUCGUGGUGGCUAUGGAACUGUAUACAAAGUUCAUCAUGGAAGUCAUUAUCUUAACACAAGUCAAUCAUCGGAAUGUUGUCAAGCUCUUGGGAUGUGUUUGGAGAGUGAGGUCCCGUUGCUAGUUUAUGAAUAUGUUUCAAAUGGAACUCUCUUUAAUCAUAUUCAUGAUAAAGGCACAAGUUGGUUAUCAUUGGAGAAUCGUUUAAGAGUAGCUGCAGAAUCGGCUGGUGCACUUUCAUAUCUUCAUUCAGCAACAUCAACCCCCGUGAUUCAUCGAGACGUGAAGUCUGCAAACAUAUUAUUAGACAAAAAUUAUACAACAAAAAUCGCGGAUUUUGGGGCAUCAAGAUUAGUCCCCAUAGAUCAAACACAAGUUACAACACUAGCUCAAGGAACUUUAGGGUACUUGGAUUCUGAAUACUUCCACACAAGUCAGUUAACUGAAAAGAGCGAUGUUUAUAGCUUUGUAGUUGUGUUAGCUGAGCUUUUAACAGGGAGAAAACUGUUGUGUAUGGAAAGAUCCGAGGAAGAAAGGAAUUUGACGACGUAUUUUGUAAUGGCGCUAAAAGAAAACCGUUUGUUUCAAAUUCUUGAUCCUAGAGUUGUAAGGGAAGGAAGCCUAGAUCAACUUCAGGAUGGUGAGCUUGUGAAAAGAUGUGUUAAGCUUACGAGUGAUGAGCGACCUACGAUGAAAGAAGUGGCCACUCAACUUCAAGGUUUGCGGAAGUUUACUCAACAUCCAUGGGCGAAUCAAGGGGAUGAAGAAAACACGAGCUUGAUACACACCAAGAAAGAACAAGAGGAUCUUUAUGGUGUGUCGAUUAAUCCGUAUUCUACUACAGUUGCACUCUCUUCGGGUUUUAAUAUCGAUAGCAGUCUCGUUUAUUCAACACAUGUUCCCCGAUGA